GUCCAUUCUAGGAUGAUGCUCUCCAUCAUUUUCCAGGUGACCUGCAGCUUGACUGCCUGGCUUUCCCUCUACGCCGGUUUCUGCUAUUGGAAUGAGCACCGUACUUAUGAGUGGAGCUGCCGGCUGGUCUCUCUGAUGCAUGGGGUCAUUGUCACCUGCCUCUCUGGCUACGUUGCUCUUAUUGAUGGCCCCUGGCCUCUAACUCACGCAGGGACACCAAACACGCCUCUCCAGGUCCGUGUGCUGUGCUUUACCUUGGGUUACUUUAUCUUUGACCUCAGCUGGUUCAUGUAUUUCAAGACGGAAGGAGAUCUCAUGCUGUCUCAUCACAUGCUGAGUAUUGGUGGCAUGGUGCUCGUGCUGGGGCUCGGCAAGUCAGCCACCGAAAUCAAUGCCAUUGUCUUUGUCAGCGAGAUCACCAAUCCGCUGCUGCAGGCUCGCUGGUUCCUGCGGGAAACCGGGCGCUACCACAGCUUCAUUGGGGAAGUGGUGGAUUUCUCCUUUGUGGCUCUCUUUAUGGUGCUGCGGAUUGGGGUGGGAGGCCAGAUCAUGUAUUCUGUGAUCAUCUCAUCCAGCCCCAUAUGGCUACUCAAGGCUGGAGGCCUGGCUAUGUACAUAGUGUCCCUGGGGUUCAUGAUCGAAAUCUGCAGCUUUGCUAGGAGAAAAGUGUUGAAAAAGUACAAUGCCUGGAGGAGUGUGAGUGGCAGGGUUGUGCCCCUGAAAACCAAUGGACAUCUGACACCUCAUUAA